AUGCUGGCGCCGACUUUGCUCAGCCUGCUGUGCCUCACGUCCGCGGCCCUCGUCGGCGCUGUUCCCGGCCGGCUUAACGGAGACAAGACGCGACAGAUCACGGGAUAUCCUUUUGACCAGCGUUCGACGAACAGUGUUGUUUGCCGCACAUCGGUGGAUACAGUGAAGUCGACGCUCACGAAAGAUGACUGUCCGAAUUGUGCGGACGACGCGGCGUUAAGCAUCGGCGCUGCAAGAUGGACAAUGCCGCUGCUGAAGCUAGGAGAAAAACGUUAUUACCUAGGAAUCUUUUUCAAGGCAAACUGGUACAGAGCGGCCCAAUACUGCCGCUACCACGGUAUGCACUUGGCGAGCAUCAAUUCGCAAGAGGAGAACGACAAGCUCGAGAAGCACAUCAGGGACUUCGGCCUGGCGCACGAGCACUUCUGGACUUCGGGCACCGAUCAAGCGGAGGAAGGCACGUUCUUCUGGAUGGCCAACGGCAGGCCGAUCACCUUCGAGAAUUGGAACGCCGGCGAGCCCAACAACUUCCGGUACGAAAACGGCGAGGAGGAGCAUUGCUUGGAGCUGUGGAACCGUGACGGCAAGGGAUUAAAAUGGAACGACAGUCCGUGCAGUUUCGAAACGUUCUUCGUGUGCGAAGUGCAGUGAAGGACUCGAA